AUGAAAACUAUUGAUCUACCAAUAAAUUCAAAAUCAGGUAUUCAUGAUCUUCUUGAAAUUGCGAAUGAAUUGGCUCUUACUCAAUUAAUUGAUCGCAUUCAAGAGCUUCUUAUUAAAAACAAACCAUCUUGGCUUAAAAAAGAUUUAAUUGGAUUUCUUUGCAGUAUCUUUAACGACAAAAGAUAUAAAAAAAUUCAAGAUUUUAUUAUGGAUACUAUUUGUAUAGAUCCUGAGCCAUCAUUAUUUGAAUUAAAGAAUUUCCCGACUUUAGAAAGAGAUAUUGUUCUGAAAUUUAUUAAAAGAGACGAUCUAGCUAUUGAAGAAGUUGACGUUUGGAAAUAUUUGGUUAAAUGGGCAGUGACUCAAUUUAAUUCAUUAUCUGAGGAAACAUCUAUCAAUGCAGACGUUAAUAAUUGGGGAGAUAAUGAAUACACAUUAUUUAAAAAUAAUAUGAAACCAUUUGUAUCUUAUAUUCGAUUUUGUGAAAUGACACGAGAUGAAUUUUAUUACCAUGUCAUGCCUUACGAAAAAGCAUUACCAGAAAAUCUUUAUAAAAGUUUAAUAGCUUAUUUCAUGGCUAAUUUAAAACCACAAGAUAUUAUGUUGCAACCACGUAAUGGAUUAAUUAGUAUCGACUCUGAUAUCAUUAAAAGGAAGAAUGCUAGAAUCAUUAUCAAGUGGAACGAAGGGAUAAACGUCUUUACUGAAAAACCCCCUUACAAGUUUACACGUAUUUACCGAGCAACCCGUUAUGAUUUUGAUUUUGAAAAAUUUAUUGAACUGUUUAGAUCGUUGCCAAGUAGUCCGUUGUCAAAUGUAUUGUUGCUAAUUAAGGUUAAAGAUUCAGAUAAAACAAUUGGUGCACAUAUGAGUUCUAAGAAGAG